AUGAACACAACUUGUCGAUAUAUCACAAUUGCUCUUCUAGCACUGAUUUGUAUUCAAUCAGCAAUAUCCUAUCCAUCAUACAUGAAUCAAGCCCGUGCUUUUCUUCGUUGUCAUAUGUCUGCAAUCGCUUGCAAACGUAGUUUGUCAAUAUUCAAAGAGGAUCCCGAUCCAGAAAUGAUUAAGAACAAAAAUGAUUUGGAAACAUGUCUUAGUCAAGACAAACCAUUUUGGUAUUGUCUCAAGCAUAAUCCAUCGAUUACAUUAGAAGAUAUGAACCAAAACUAA